UCUUGACAGAGCAGUUGAAAAAUGACUGUCUUUCUUGCUUCUAGCACAAGCAGCAGAACUGGCAGCCCUGGUUUCAAGAGUGACCACCAGUGAGAAGGAGGCACAGGAGCAGAGGAAGGAGGUGACAGCUCUCAAGAAAGAGCUGGAUAUUUUUCAGACUCAACUACAGCUCACCAAGAACAAAUUAGAUGAGAUAGAAAGGACAAUUGCAGUGUCGGUGAAAACUGUGGCUUAAGGUCUAUGGUAAACACAAUGGAGCCACGCUAUGUGAUCCCGACUCACAAACACAUUACCGAGUUAGCUGUGCCCAGGAUGUAUGAAGAGGUGAAGCAAGCAGAAAGAGUGGCCCUUACAUGCAACGGCUGGACAUCAAGGGCGACUGAAUCGUAUGUUACGAUCACGGCACACCACAUCAAUGAGGACUGGGAACUGAUUUCUCAUGUUUUGUAGAUGAGGGCAAUGCAUGAGAGCCAGAAACUAUUAGCUACCAGAUGGAAUAGUGCACAUGACAUGCUGCAGCGCUUGCUAGAACAGCAGCCAGCCAUCCAUGCUGCCCUCCUCUCAGCUGAGGUGAGGAAGAAAGGGAAGGACAUCUGCACCCUCAGUGAGGCAGACAUAACAGCUGCUGAAGAAGUUGUCACAGCUAUGAAGCCCAUGAAGGUAGCUACACUAGUCAUGUCAGAAGAGAUCACUCAAACACUUUCAGUUGUAGCACCACUCCUUGCCCUGCUGAUCCAUCUACAAGACAGCCCAACUGAUUCCAACUUGACAAAGGUAAUCAAAUCUGUCAUGUGCCAGGCUCUCAACAAGAGGUACUUGAACAAGGAGACGCUUUAUGUGGCCACAGCAAUGGAUCUGAGGUUUAAGGCCCUGCCCUUCCUUUCAAAAGAUCAACGCCAGGACUAUCUAUGCUAUUAUCCUUGCAGAAGCUACAAGGAGCAAAGCAUUACAGAAACUCCGAAGCUGGCUUUCACUGCUGGUUUGACCACUUCAGGAAAGAUUGGACCAUUCAACACUGAAACUCCACUCAUCUAUAGUAGAGUCUUCACAAAUAUCGGCGGGGCUUACAACCCAACUACAGGUAUCUUCACAGCACCUGUCAAAGGAGUCUACUACAUAAGAUUCACAGCCUUCAACAACAAGAACGGAGAAUGGAUGGCAGUAAAUUUAUACCAUAAUAGUGAAAGAAUUUUGCAUAAUUCUGAGUUAGCUAAUGGUCAUUCUUUCAUUGCAAAUGCAUUAAUUCUACAGCUGGAACAAGGAAGUGUCGUCUAUUUGCGUCUCCCACAAAACUGUGGCCUAUAUGAUGAUCCUAGCUCCUUGAACACCUUCAGUGGUUUCCUGCUGUUCCCUCUGUAACUUUCAGAUAUAGUUUGCCUAACUUCACCGAGGCCUUGAGGGUUUUUUGCACUUUCCAGUGGUCUAUUACGUUACAUUUAAUUUAUACUUUGUGAUUACUGUCCUUGGUUAACUCAAUUAGAUUAAGUCAA